AUGUUGGUUGAGAGCUCGGAAGCUAUUGAUGAUUGGACAAUGGUACUGGCCACUUCCGAUGGAACUGAGAUCAGAAUAGUACUUGAAGCACCGAAAACGGCGGAAGAACCAAACUCAUUACUAAUUAUAUCAGUCGUAGAACUUAUUGAGAUCGCAGGGGAUUCAAAAGUACUAGUAGUUUCGGACCCGAAAGUACUCGAGACCCCAGUACCAGAUUCAACAAGAGUUGAUGAUGGCUGGAGUGAAGAAACAGAUCCGGAUUCCGAAGACUCAAUCGAAGUUGACGGUAUUGCCGACAAGGUAAAGCUGCUUUCAAAAGCCGAUGAAUUGGGGAGCGCUGUCGCUGAAGGGGAACUAGAUGAAAUAGGAGAGCCAUCUGCAUUAUAA